AUGAAUAAAUUCAAGCGAAGUGUUUCUUUCGAAACUGAUAGUGAAUCUCAACCGUUAUUGAGUUCAGAUUCAUCAAAUGCUAGUUUUGGAGCACAUCAUCAAAUUAUGUUUCCGGGUUCAGAAACAAGUGAUUUUGAUCAAUCACAAUCGUAUUUAGAUACACAAAAUCGACUACACAAUUCACCGUUUUCAAAAUUACACCUGAAAUCAUUAUCACCAAAUGUAAAGAAAAGUGAAAAUAAAGUACAAACAUCCGAGGAUUAUAAAAAGAAAUCAAUUUAUACAAUUCCAAGUUUUACAUCGAACAAAAAUUUCGUAUCGAGUUCAAAGGUGUUCUCAAUAUCCACCGAAGAUACUAUCGAAAAACCAAAACCAGUUUCGACACAAAGUUCAAUUGUUACAAUAUUCUCAAUAUGGAAUACAACAAUGGGCAGUUCGCUGUUAACAAUGGCUUGGGCUAUACAAAAAGCGGGAUUUAUUCCUGGCAUUAUUAUUAUUAUUUUACUUGGCGCAUUGUGUGCAUAUACUGCAUAUUGUUGUAUACAAGUUAGUCGAGAUCAUGGUGGUGCACUGAAUGCAGUCGAAAUACCAGUAUUAUGUAAUAUGUUAUUGGGUAAAUGGGCGCAACGUUUAUCCGAAGUAUUUAGUAUAGUUGUAUUAUUGGGUGCAAGUAUUGUAUACUUGAUAUUAAUGACAAAUUUUUUAUAUAACACUGUUCAAUUUAUUAUUGAUUCAAUACAAGACACGUCAGGGGAUGGUAAUUAUACAGUUGCAUCGGGCAAUGUUAUAUGCCCUGGUAACGAUAAAUUUGAACUGGUUAAUGCAACUAUAAGAGCUGCACAACCUUCACGUGUUAUAUGGGAUAAACAUUCAACGGUGCCAAUAUUUCUUGCAAUAUUACUGUUCCCAUGUUUAAAUGUCUCAAAUAUUACGUUCUUCACGAAAUUCAACUGUUUAGGUACAUUGAGUGUAAUAUAUUUAAUAUGCUUCGUCAUAACAAAGGGUGCAAUAUGGGGAAUCCAUUGGAAUUCAGAACCAUUUCUUAGUGGAACAUUUCCAGCACUAACUGGGACUCUAUCACUAAGUUUUUUCAUACACAAUAUUAUAAUUUCGAUUUUAAAGAAUAAUCGAAAUCAAAAGAAAAAUGGUCGAGAUCUUAGUAUUGCUUUUGGUUUGAUAACAAUUACCUAUUUAAUAAUUGGUGGUGUAUUUUAUAUAACUUUUCCAUUAGGUAAAAGUUGCAUUAAGGAUAAUAUAUUUGAUAAUUUCCUGAUGAGUGAUGCAAUGACACUAACUGCAAGAGUUUUAUUAAUGUUCCAAAUUUCUGUAACAUUUCCGUUGAUAGUAUACAUGUUACGAAUAAAUGUUUUUGGUCUUUUUGUUAAAAAAACUAAAGUAGAAUCUGAACUGGGUGAAACGAUGGAAACUUCGAGCAGUCAUCAUACAGAAAUAAAAUUUCCAAAAAAAUGGAUUCUUUUAUUUAAUAUUAUAAUUGUUGUUAUAUGUAUAUUAUUUGCUUGUUUCUAUCCAAAAAUUGGCACAUUAAUCAGGUAUACUGGUGCAUUAAGUGGAUUGGUGUACAUAUUUACAUUACCAUCUUUAUUGAAAAUAGCAUCACUAAAAAAACAAGAAAAAUUAACUAAACUGAAAUUAAUGUUUUUUGUUUGUAUUCCAAUAUUUGGAGCGUGUAAUUUAUUCGCACAGUUUUUCAUUUCAGCAAAUUAAUUAUUUAUUUAUUCGCAUC